AUGUUCGGGGCUCUCAAUCGUUUUAUUGGCCGGCUUGACGGCGAGCCCAGCCAAAACCCUCGGAAUGGACCAAGUGACAACGCCUUCGGAUUUCAAGUGCUUCGCAACAAAGACCCCGAGCUACCUCUGGAGCCUUGGUUUGAUUUUAUUGUGGGAAUAAACGGUCAUCCGAUUGAAGACCCAGACCCAAACCUCUUUGCGACGGAAGUCCGCAAUUGCGCCGGCACAAACUUGACCCUGGAAGUCUGGAGUGCCAAGGGCCAACGGACUCAUACCUUCAACGUGCCGGUUCCCUCAAAUCCAUCCCUCGGCCUAGCGCUACAGCUGGCCCCUUUGAACUCCACCCAAAAUAUCUGGCAUGUGCUUGCAAUUCCCUCUUCACUGAGCCCUGCCUUCCGCGCAGGACUGCUUCCUCAUUCAGACUACAUUAUUGGAACCCCAAGCGGGACACUGCGCGGGGAAUCUGCGCUUGGGGAGCUAGUGGAGGACCACCUCGAUCGCAGCCUGAUAUUAUGGGUCUAUAAUAGCGAAUUUGAUGUCGUUCGGGAAGUAGAGCUUGUUCCAACUCGUGGCUGGGGUGGUGAAGGCGCCGUUGGUGCCGAAUUAGGAUACGGUGCCCUGCACCGACUCCCCGUCGGGCUGGGAGAGGAGGUGGAAGGACCUGGUGAAGUUGUUUUUGAGACACGUGAGAAUGAAAAUUCCUCACAAAUGCCUGAUCCUGUUGGCCCCGGUGUAACCGCUGGCGCCGCUGGUAACUUCUUAGUGCCGGCAAACAUGGCAUCUAUCCCUCCCCUCGCGGCCCCCACACAAGUGACUUCUCCAGAUGGGAGAUCACCUUCGAACCGUCGAGGCAAAUUGCGCCAUGGUGCGUCGACAAACAUUGCGUUUGAUGAUUACUUUGCCGAGGGUGAACAGAAGAGCCGAGAGCAGGACUUUGCGCCUUCACGGAAGGGGACCCCUCUUCCACCACCCCCUAAAGCCGGUGUAUCACCUCCUACAGUAGCUCCGGUGUCUGCAGCAGAGGAACCUGUGGAGGGAUCGCCUGGGCCGACGCAACUGUCAUAA